UCCACCGGUCCCCUUUCCCUCCAUGUUUCCAAUCACAAACCAGCGAUGGAUUUAAACUUGACGCUCCCCGGGCGCGACUCUGUGGCGCAGGGAACCUUUGGGAAUCGCUCCUUCUACAACAGCACGCCCGCCACCGAGUUGGAUGAGGAAGACUUGGAGGUCAACACGGAUGUUUACUCCAAAGUGAUAGUGACUGUCAUCUACGCGAGUCUGUUCGCUCUGGGGUUCCUCGGGAACUCCAUCACUCUCUACACGCUGCUGACCAAGAAGACGCUGCAGAACCUGCAGAGCACCGUCCACUACCACCUGGCCAGCCUCGCCGUGUCCGACCUGCUGAUCCUCGUCCUGUCCAUGCCCAUCGAGCUCUACAACUUCAUCUGGUUCCACCACCCGUGGGUGUUCGGGGACGCGGUGUGCCGGGGUUACUACUUCCUCCGGGACAGCUGCUCCUACGCCACCGCGCUCAACAUCGCCAGCCUGAGCGUGGAGCGCUACAUGGCCAUUUGCCACCCGUUUAAAGCCAAAAGCAUCAUGUCCCGCAGCCGCACCAAGAAGCUCAUCAGCGCCAUGUGGCUGGCGUCCUUCGCCCUGGCCACGCCGAUGCUCUUCACCAUGGGUCAGGUGACGCGCAGAGGGGAGAGCAUCUGCACCGCCACCGUGUCUCAGGUCACCAUGAAGACGGUGCUGCAGGUGAAUGCGUUCCUCUCCUUUGUGGUGCCGAUGGUGGCCAUAUCGGCUCUGAACGGCGUCAUCGCCAACCAGCUCCUGCGAAUGUUCCGCGAGGCCGAGCAGGAAAACCGCAUCUGCAUUGUGGGCGGGAACCCGACCAUGCUGAACGUCACUGUGGAGCCAAACCGAGCUCAGUCACUUCGCCAUGGUGUUCUCGUGCUGCGCGCUGUGGUCAUCGCCUUUGUCGUCUGCUGGCUGCCCUACCACGCCCGCCGCCUCAUGUUCUGCUACGUCUCCGACUGGUCCGAUGAGCUGUACGACUUCUACCACUACUUCUACAUGCUGACCAACGUGCUGUUCUACGUCAGCUCGGCCAUCAACCCCAUCCUCUACAACCUGGUGUCGGCCACCUACCGGCAGAUCUUCUUCUCCACCCUGCGCUACUUCUUCAUGCCGUGCCGUCGCUCGCCACGGCGCCUCUCCCACCCGCUGACCCGCCACUCCAUUAGCAUAUCCAGCAACCACACCGUCACCACCAACAUCAUCAAGGAGACAGCUUACUGAAGUGGGGACUCACGUCGGGAAAAGUGGAAAAGAUAACACAUGUCUGUGAUUGUAAAUCUCUGUGUUUCGUAAAGACUUUGUUUACCUCGCGAACAGCGUAAGCCACUGAAACCAUUCACUAUUCUGAUUAUAGGGAACAAUACAGAAGUCACCUGACGCAUCACCAACCAACGUUGUUCACCCAGAAUCAUCACACCAAAGUUAAGAAGUCUACACUAAAAGAACUCUGUGUGAAGAGCUGCCUUAAAAUUGUAAGGGUUACCUGGGCGUAACCCCAGUUCUAAGAGUAUGUAACCAAAAGUUUAUAGAGGUCAGAGCACAUAUGACGUGGAACCGAAGUCAGCUUCAUUGAGAUACCUCAUGCAACAUGCUAUGAAAGACUGACGUUCUAGUUGUAACGCUCAUCUCAAACAUCAUAUAUUUUCAUUAGAUUUUUCUUGUCUUUGCUCAUGUGCACCCAAAACAAAUAUAGUAACUUUAUCAUAGUUACUUCGUUGGUAGAAUGUAUAGGGAAAUAAGUACAUGGUUAUCGAUUCAGUCUCGAUCUGUACCUGCUUUUAUGGUGACUCUCGACAGUUAGAUGGUCUGAGGUUUAACUCAAGUCACUGAGACACUCCUGAAGGUGGUGUGUGUCUAUGGGAAGAGAAAACAUUGAACACCAACCACUGAAAAAACUUCAGUUAGAGGGGAUUGUAAUUCCUUUCUCUUAUCUCACCACACAGCCUCACUGUUGUGUUCAGGAACCCAGCAAUUCAACACCGAUGCUCACAAUUCAAUGUCUAUUUUAUUACGGAACAAUACCAGAACUCAUUUACCAGCCACAUCUGACUGAAUACGGCUGAGUUUGUUCAUCUUUCAAUGAGAAAAUUAACUCCUUUAAAAGUUUCAUUCUGAGUUGCACUGUCACAGAGGAUUGUACACACCAAACCAAGCCGAUCCAGACCACUCUGUGGAAACAGAUCCUAAAGUGCUGGUGUCAUUCGGCCACUUCAAGAAGUGAGGGACCGUGAGUGGGACCUCCAACAGUUCUCCUGAACCGUCCAGUCAAUCCCAAGUCCGAAAAAAGACUUGAAUGGUGAUGUUGUGGUUUAUAUGUUCCACCGUUUGCUGCGUGGUUCAUUCUCUGUGGAAACAUUGUACAGCUCACCUUUCGCUAUAUUAGCUGGUGCACUUAAACGUUGCUAGGUCAUAAACUGAACAACUUGUUACUGUAUUUUUAAUAUUCUGGUGUCUGUCUCAGUUUGUGACCAAGAUUGUUUACAGUGUUUUACGGUUUCAAAAACGUCAUACUUUGCAGUUGAGUUAUCAACUAUUUAAAUGUUUAAAAGUAUCAUGAAUGUAUUGUGUCCACUCCUAUAUUUUUAAAUCAGAGAUAUUUCAUAUUUUGAUCAUAAAUGUUAUUUAACUGUACGUCGCAUGUCCUGAAUG